ACUAUUUUGGAAAAAUAAAUGCCAUUUUUCAAAAUCGAUGCCAUUUUUCAAAAAAAAUCAAUUUUGUCUUUUAAAAUUUAUCUUAUCCCUAUUUUAUCGUUUAAUGAGUGAUAUAUAUUUGUGAAAUACAUACUCCGUAUCAGAUAUUAUUUAUACUUCCUCAUCGUGCUACCAAGCUGCGCUAUCAUGAAGUAUUUACAAGAAAAUGGUAUACAAAGUCAACAGACAUAUAGUUGGGCUUGGGCCGGGUUGACAAAAUUAUUAGCUUCUUUUUUUCAGUUUUCAAGUUUUCCUACUUUUUCAGUCGCUGGGUCAUUUAAACAGAAGUACAGCGUUUUUCAGUUAAGAUUUGGCGCGUUUUUUGCAUCCUUCAAAAGAACUGCUUUCUCUUCAAUUCUUCAAUCUUCAUGGCAUAAUUCCCUUCUUCUUUCAGUAAUUUACUCUGGCUCUAAAUCUCAAUCGCCUGUAAAUAAUGAUAAUGCGGUAUUCAAUUUAUUUCAGUUUCAAGAAUGCACAUAACCUGUUCGACAAAAUUACCCACAGAAGAAUUUUCCUCCAAACUUCACUAUUUAGCUUAAACAACAGUACACUAUACCACCAUAGUACCUAUUUGAAAGACCCAUCUGAUUUUUAUGGUGAAUUUAAGGAUGUGAAGCAUUGGACGUCAACCAUUUCUGGUUUAGUGAAUCGAAACCGCCCGAGAGGCGCCAUUGAUGUGUUUAAAUUGAUGCUUAUGAGUAAACAAAGGCCUAAUUACGUUACAGUAUUAUGUGUACUACGUUCUAUUAGUGCAUUAAGGUGGAAGAACAUCGCUUUCGGUGUUCAUGGAUUAAUGAUCAAGAUGGGAUUCGAAUUGGAGAUUCCUGUUGUGACUGCUUUGAUUGGUGUUUAUGGUAAUAUUUGUGCCCCCUUUGCAUGGAAGAUUUUCUUUGAUGUGCCCAUGAAGGAUUUGGUUUUGUGGAGUGCAAUGGUUUCGAUAUGUGUAAAAAAUGGGGAAUAUAUGGGGGCUAUUGAGGUAUUCAGGAACAUGAUAUGUGAAGGAAUAGAACCUAAUCUUGUGAGCAUUGUGAGUAUUUUGCCAGCUUGUGCUAAGCUUGAUUCUUUGCUAUUAGGAAAACAAGUGCAUGGGUUUGCUCUAAAAACAUCGUUUUAUUAUGUAAAUAACAUCCAAAACUCUCUACUAGAUAUGUAUGCAAAAUGUAGGGAUUUUGAGUCUGCAACUCAAGUUUUUGCCCGAUUCCUAGAGAAGGAUGUAGUGUCUUGGAGGACGAUGAUUCGUGGAUGUAUUGAGAAUGGUUACCCAAGAGAAGCUUUAGUUGUCUUCGCCGAGAUGCACAAGUCUUGCUCUAAAAUAGAUAAUGGCAUUGUCUGUGAUGUAAUAGGUGCAACAUCAGAUACAGAAGAGUUUUUAUUUGGACUCGGGUUGCAUUGCUAUAGCUUCAGAUCUGGCUAUGCAGUAUCCGUUUCUGUUGGGACAGCUCUUUUGCAAAUGUAUGCAAAGUUUGGUGAAGCGGACUCAUCUCGGCUACUGUUUGACCAGCUUCAUCCAAAGGAUCUUAUUGCUUGGACUGCAAUGAUAUCUGCUUAUGCUCAAACUGGGUACACGAGUGAGGCUCUCAAUAUAUUUAAGCAUAUGCAAUUAGAAAACGAGAAGCCUAAUGAGAUCACUUUUGUCAGUUUGUUACAAGCUUGUUCUUCAUCAGGCACUCAUGAGAUUGGUGAAAGCAUCCACGGUUAUGUAACUAAAGCUGGUUACUUGCCCAACACAUUCUUAAUUUCAGCUUUAAUUGAUUUAUACUGUAAAUUUGGAAGAACAGAUGAAGGAAAAUCACUCUUCAAUGAAAGUUCUAUCAAAGAUCUGAUAAUAUGGAGUUCAAUGAUUAAUGGGUAUGGAUUAAAUGGUUGUGCAAAUGAGGCUUUGGAAAUUUUCUCAAACAUGUUGAAUUCUGGAGUAAAACCCAAUGAUGUGGUUUUUGUAUCAGUCCUGUCUGCCUGCAGCCACUGUGGGUUAGAAGACGAGGGAUGGUACUGGUUCAACUGCAUGCAAGAGAAAUAUGGAUUUGUGCCAAAAGUUGCUCAUUAUGCUUGCAUGGUUGACUUGCUUAGCCGCCAAGGAAAUGUCAAAGAAGCCCUUGAUUUUGUCUACAAUAUGCAAGUGGAACCUGAUAAGAGAAUUUGGGGGUCACUUCUAGCUGGAUGUAGAGAAACUCAUGGAUCAAUUGAUGUAGCAGAGCGUGUUGCUGAACAGAUGAUUAGAUUAGAUCCAGAAAAUACCAGUUGUUAUGUUGUUUUGUCAAACUUGUAUGCAGAACAAGGUAGAUGGGAUGAUGUUGAGAGGGUAAGAAAAUUGAUUGAUGAUACAGGAAUGGAGAAGAUGACAGGACAUAGCACUGUUUGAUCAUGUUAUACAUCAGUUGCUGGAUAUGUUUCAACUUCAAAGAAGGAAAGAACAAUUUGUUAACCUUCUAAUCAAUUACUACAACAACCUUUCAAAGCAAAUUUGAGGAAUUUUAAGAAAGAUUUACGCAGCCUUGACCUUGCAAAACGAAGAAGACUUGCUGUGCAACAUGAAUUGAUGACC